ACUACUCCGAUUCUUCUGCUUUUGCCGUACGGUGACGGGGAUUUUGAUUGCAGAUUGUAUUACUGCUGGGAAGAAAACCGAAUUGCGAUUUCCCUGCGCCAGUGAACCCCUUUUCGGACUCCUAGAUGUCGUUCGAGGCGAUGAAAGACGGUGAUAUAAUCACCGAUGAAGUUCUUCGGUAUUCAACGGAUGAGGUGCUGAGUCGGUCGAGACUACUUGACACCGAAAUUAAAAUCAUGAAGAGUGAGACGAUGAGGAUUUCCCAUGAGCUCCAGGCUCAGAAGGAGAAAAUCAAGGAAAACACUGAGAAGAUCAAGGUGAACAAGACUCUGCCGUAUCUCGUCUCCAACGUUAUCGAGCUCCUAGACGUGGACCCGAACGAGCUCGGCGAAGAGGACGGUGCUAACGUCGAUUUGGAUUCUCAGCGAAAAGGAAAAUGUGCUGUCAUCAAGACAUCGACGAGACAAACCUAUUUCCUACCUGUGAUCGGACUCGUCGAUGCGGAGAAACUCAAACCCGGAGAUCUCGUCGGUGUCAACAAGGAAUCUUAUUUGAUCCUUGAGACGCUGCCGGCAGAGUACGACUCCAGAGUCAAGGCCAUGGAGGUCGACGAAAGACCAACGGAACAAUAUUCGGAUAUCGGAGGUCUAGACAAACAGAUUCAAGAACUUAUCGAAGCCUGUGUUCUCCCCAUGACGCAUAAAGACAAAUUCCUGUCGCUCGGAAUUUCACCUCCGAAGGGUGUGCUCCUGUACGGACCGCCCGGAACCGGCAAAACUCUCUUGGCUCGUGCCUGCGCGGCCCAAACGAAAUCGACAUUCUUGAAGUUGGCCGGUCCCCAGCUCGUACAAAUGUUUAUCGGUGACGGCGCGAAACUCGUCCGGGACGCGUUCGCUCUUGCGAAAGAAAAAGCACCAGCUAUAAUUUUCAUCGAUGAGUUGGAUGCUAUCGGUACCAAGCGUUUCGAUUCGGAGAAAGCCGGAGAUCGUGAAGUCCAGCGGACCAUGCUGGAACUCCUCAAUCAACUCGACGGAUUCAGUUCUUGCGAUGACAUUAAAGUCAUAGCUGCGACCAACAGAGUCGAUAUACUGGAUCCUGCACUGUUGCGUUCGGGUCGUCUGGACCGCAAAAUUGAAUUUCCACACCCAAACGAAGAAGCUCGUGCAAGAAUCCUCCAGAUUCAUUCGCGGAAAAUGAACGUCGAGAAAGGUGUCAAUUAUCUUGAACUGGCUCGAUGCACCGACGACUUCAACGGGGCACAGUGCAAAGCGAUUUGCGUCGAGGCUGGUAUGAUUGCGUUGAGGCGGAAUGCCAUGAAGGUUACUCACGAAGACUAUAUGGAUGCCAUUCUUGAGGUGCAAGCCAAGAAGAAGGCCAACCUUAAUUAUUAUGCUUAGGGGGUAUAGGUGGGAGAAAUUGGUACCGGUUCGUAUACGUCUACGAGGGCGCCUCCCGGGGACAUUCAAUAAAACGAGAGUGAUCUUA